AUGCUUUUACCUGACCAGUACCCCAUCAAACAGCCUGGAAUGAAAAGGCAGGGCUACAGAAAACGCUGGGGGGUUUUGGCUUCCACAGACCGGCCAAAGCAGCACCCCCGGAGCAGGGAGCUGGCCCUGCCCAGCCCAAGGAGAAGAAGCAGCGCUCGUGGCGGGCUGGGGUCGCCCUGCACUGGGCGGCCCCCGGCAGAGAGGGCAGCCGCCCCGGGCUGGCGACACCGCCCGCUCGCUCCCGGUGGUCCCACCGCGAUCCCGGCGCCGGACAGUGCCAUGAUCCGGCAGCAGCUCCGAGCCUCAGCCGCCCCGACCCCGCUCCAAGCCCCAGCGGGGUCCCGCCCCGGCUGUGCCUCCGCGGGCGGUGGGUGCGGGGCCGGCAGGGCCGCCGCCCCGGCUUUGCGCUGCCGAUCGCACUUUGCAGGCGCGGCGGGACUGGGAAUCCCGGGCGCCCGAGGCAGCCUCGCCUCCUCGUCCUCCUCCUUCCCCACCUCCUUCGGAGCGGGGCGCAUGAUGGCGGCAGCCACCGUAGCGGAGGUGAACAGCACCGGCAGCAGCAGCGCUGAUACCUCCAGCACGGGCGAGGAGGAGAGAAUGAGGCGCCUCUUCCAGACCUGCGACGGCGAUGGGGACGGCUUCAUCAGCAGGUAGCGACAGCGGGAGGCGGCUCUUUGCUGGUACGGAGCCGUCCCGUCCUUCCUCUCGCCCCGCGUUCCCCGGCGCUCGACUUAUGGGCGAGUUGGAGCAGCGGUGGGAGCUCCGCGGCUCCCGCCGGCACCGGAGCCAGGGGCUCCAGCGGGGCCUCGGCACCGAGAGCUUCCCGGGAUAGCGGGCGAACACUGCCCGCAGCACUUCCACCUCUGCCGGGGCGGAAAGGUGACGCUCCGAGCCUGGAUUUUAUCACCUCGUGCCCUGGGCAGGUGGUUUUUGCAAGUCAACACACAGAAAGCCGGUCGUGGGUAAUCUAGGAGAAAACUCAUACUGUUCUCCUGGAUCCUAUGAUUUUGUUUUGUCAGUACGGUUUAAUCAAUAUUGUUGUUACACAAUUUCGUUUAAAUUCCUCUGCUGGUCCUCAGAGAGUUAGAGGAGUGUCACGCAGGCUGAUGGAUUGUGGUCGUUCAUUUGCAAUAGAUACUUGGAAAUAAGCCAUAGUGCAAUGUUUAUGUGUCUGGAAGCACUAGCAGUGUGUUUUAGUCAGGAGUUGGUUUUGUGGCAGUGGUAUUUCUGAGCUCUCACACCGUAAUUUAAAAAAUACUGAACAUCAAAAGGCGGGAUUUGCCAGAGGUCGUGGAAACUUGCAUUUCAAAAUGAAAACUUAUGCUAUUGUUUGCAAUUAGUACGUGUCUCUAGAGAACUGGGACAGUAAGGGAAUUUCUUAAGUUUGCCAUUUAACCUGUAACCUGAGAAUAUGACCCAAAGAAAGGCUAAGUAAACUUGAUUUCCCACUGCCAUCUCUUUGGAGCCAGAAAGUUGUUGAAAAUCUGUAACAACUUUAAAAAUAAAGUUCAAGGGUGUGAUAUUUCUUAUCUAAACAGCUCCCUGAACACUUUUUUUCCCCUCUCAGUCUAAUGAUUAUUUUGACAGUUACGGUUUUGAAAUGCAAAACCAGCGCUGCAAAUUUUUCCUUGUGUAGUCCUUUUGUUGUAUUUUUGUUAAGGUUUAAUAAACCUUUUAAAUUUUCAAAGUAAACAGUUGUUUUUCACACUUUGAAAAUGUGUACUUUUCAACCAGUGUGCUAAGACUGCUUCUCUUUCCAUUUGCUUAUGGUCUUCACGGAAUUUAUUCUGAUGUCUGAAAGCUUGCGAUGUUCAUGUAAAAUGUACACUGUCUCCUCAGAGCACACUUGCUCUUCUGUACUGUCAUGUCUUUCUGGAAUGUAAACUCUCUGUGUAUUUAUAAUCUAAAGACCUUACUCGGGGAAUAUUAAUGUUUUAGUGUUUCGUACAGACAGUUGAGAGAUGUUACCAUGACGGAAACUACUCAUUUCUGAUUGACUAAUCCACAU